AUGAAGGCCAUGCUGUUGAACAUUGGGCUGGCUCUGCUCUGUGUGCUGGAGACCCAGGCAGAGGUCCCUGUCCAACCAGACUUUGAUGUCAACAAGUUUGCAGGGACAUGGCACAUCAUGGUUGCUGCCUCCAACUGCCCCCAGUUCCUGAGCAUGAAAGAAGUCAUGAAGACAUCUGUUACCAUCAUCACGCCAAUGCCAGGAGGCGACUUGACUUUAACUGCUGUGAUGGGCAAGAGAGACUUCCGCGUGGUGGAGACAGACUAUGCUCACUAUGCCAUUGUGUACGUACGCAAGGAUAAGGAUGGCAAGACUAGUGUCACCCUGCAGCUCUUUAGCAGAGUCCAGGAUGUGCACCCUGAAGCCCUGAAGAGAUUCAAGGAGCUGUACCCAACCAUGGGCCUCACUGAAGACAUCCUGGUCAUCCUGCCCAAGUCAGAUCGGUGUGCCAAGGCCCUUGGGUGGAUCAAAGAAGCAUCAGUGAUCUGA